AUGACAGUUGCUACUAUAGCACAACCUCCCAGUAGCGUCACAAAUCAAAGCCUCUCCGCCCCCUGGGGUGCUGCUUGUGACGGCCAUGCUGAAACAACUGGGAUUGCGCUUACUGAUGAGAAGUCUCCCAAGGUCUCUGAUGCUGAAAAUCUAUCAUGCCAGGUCGAUGCAGAGAAGAUGGAUUAUCUUGGAAACUUUCCAGAGUGA